AUGGCAUCAAACGAUCAGUGGCCUCCGGUAACAUCAUCAUCCCUUGGAAAAGGUCAAGGUGGUGGUAGAAAAAAUGACAACAAUAAAAAUAAUAGCAACAGCAACAAUAAAAACAAAAGCCAACAGCAAAUGGUAAGUGAUCUUGUCAUAGAAAUGUUCCAGAAUACGUUAGAGCAUGAUGUGAUUCUAUCAAUCGCUGAAAAUUGUAAUUGGGAUUUACAAUUCACAAUAGAUUCUUUGAUUACACUGUCAGCGACUGUUGAGGAGAAAAAACAACCUGACAAACCAGUAAUGUCAGCUAUUGUAUCAAGUUCAGACAAUCACGCUAAUUUAUCAGUAGAUUCAACUACCUCAGAUGAAUUAUUACGCAUGAAUGAAGAUGAGUUUAAGCAACAGCUUGAGGGAUUUAAUAAAUUUGAACAAUUAAAAAAAAAUUCAUCCAAAAAUAGGAUGGAUUCUUUUCGCGAUAAUAUUUCUAAGUUAGAUACUUGUGCAGCUAAUGCUGCUGCUAAUGAAUCUCCAGUAAAAGUUGAUGGCAAACGUAUACCCAGUUCACCCUGGAAGAAACCCAUAACUCCGUGGAAUACUGUAGGUGACUCAAAGAAAAAAAAUGACGGUAGAGUUUGGCAAAGUAAUUCUAAUUUUUUGGCAACUAAUUUUUUUACAACUAACAAUCCAUCUCAGAAUUUACAGAAUGAUUAUUUUUAUCAAAUCUCUUCAAACCCUCAGCGUAGUCAAAAUCAGCAAAAAUCUACCAAGUCUAAUAAUAAUAAUAAUAAUAAUAAUAAUAAUAAUAAUAAAAAAACUAAUAAAAAUAACAGUAAUUUAGUAAAUAAACGCACUGAUUCUGAGUUAUGUGGCUUGAAGGUGCACUAUCGUCAGUCUGGAACUGAAAGCAGUUCUGAAGAUGAUGACGCAGAUGUCGUUGUUGAAGAAGAAUAUAAUGACUAUGAUAGUAUGUCUGAUAUUCCAGUGAAUGUCUCACAAUUUUUAUCAUCUCCCGUUCAAUCUUCACCCCGAUUAAAUACUCAAUCUAGCACAGUAAAGCCAACGCGCGUUGUAAAGUCUCCGGUGAAAAGCCCGCAAAAAAAUCUGCAUGAUGUUACAGUUGAGAAGAUAAAAGCAGCUAUAGCUCGCGGGGAUAAAAUAAUAGUACUUAUGCGCGGUCUUCCAGGAAGUGGCAAGUCUACUGAAGCUAGAAAUUUAAUAUCCACAACUUUGGCUAAAGAUCCGUCAAUUUAUGUGUUCAGUACUGAUGACUUCUUUCAACUGCACAAUCGAGGAGUUUAUACGUAUGAUCCAACAAAACUGAGUGAAGCUCACUCUCGGAACCACAGUCGGGUUUCUAAUGCCAUGAUAUCAGGCAGAACUCCGAUAAUUAUCGACAAUACUAAUCUUCAGAUCUGGGAAAUGCGUCCUUAUGUUAUAAUGGCUGCUGAUAAUGGUUAUAUAAUAGAAGUAUUAGAAACAAAUACUUCGUGGGCUGACAAUGUCAAUGAGUUGGCUCGUAAAAAUACCCACGGAGUUCCUAAAGAAAAAAUUCGUAUUAUGCUUGACAGAUAUGAAAAAGGAAUAACUGGUCAGAAGCUUAUGGAUAUUUAUUCACUUAAAUAUCCCAAUCAUUUUAACCCAAUAAUAAAAACUCCGACGCAAUCUCCAACAAUAAAUAGUACAAAAGAUAAACUUGUUGUUGAAAAAAAAAGUACUGAUCAACGGAUUGAAGAUAAUAAAGUUGUUCAAGAUAAUAAAAAUUCUUUUAGCAAAUAUUUGCAGAGCUUGGCGCUUCCUGAAGUCUUGCCAGAAUUAAAUGAAGUAUCAAAAAUAAUCAUUGAGGAGCUUGGGAAAGAAAAAACAGAUGGAGUCAAGCCAGAUGACAGUCAAAUGCUUCAACCGUUGGGUGCAAUUGGAUCCGAGAGGAAGAACAGUGUAGUACAUUUAGAUCUGAUUAGUCCAGUACGAGAAACUGAUGAAAUUGACCGCGAGGUGAAUGAUAGUUUCAAUAUUUUACCACCUUGCUGGGACUUUACUUUGUUGUUGGAUGGAAAGACACUCCACAGCAAUCAUCUUGAAGAAGAAUACUUUUAUGAAAAGCCUAAAGGUUCUCCGGUUGAUGCGGAUGAAAUCAGAAAGCAGGAUGAAGAAUUUAGUAAAGAAGGUAAUAGUGGCAAAGUCAGUCCUUUGUUUACGGAAGAAGAAAGCUAUCAAGAGUCCGAGAAGAGUUGUGAUGGAAUGGAAGAUUUUAUUAAAGAAUUAGCGAAGGAGUACAAUGAAACAACAACUGGGUUUGAGGUCAAAGAAUCUACUGUAAUUAUCACGGAAAUUAUUGAUGAUGAUGAAUUAAGUCAAUUGCCGGAUAAUAAUACUGAAUCUUCUGAAGAAGUUAAAAAAGAUUGCGUUGAUUCUGUUGCCAAUGAUGAGAGUGAAGAAGUUGAUAAGGAAAAAAAAGAUGAUGAUAGUGAUAAUGAAGAGCUACAUUCUUCAGAUGAAGAUGUAAUGGGGCUUGGUGAGUCCAAAGAGAAAAUUCCCUGGCCAGAUGUGGAUUGUCUCGAUAUUGAUUCUGAAUUUUUAGACGACAGCGUUGAUGAUACUAUUGGAGACGAGAGCUUGAGUGACGAUGAUGCUCGAGAAGUAUUAAAAGAAUCAGCUUUAAUCGGAAGUCCUGAAUUAAACGUACCUGAAGAUAAAAAUGAAGAAAUAAAAGAAGUUACAAAAGCUCCGGUUACUUCGACAAUUGGAUCGAUUUUUAAUAUUAUUAAAACUUCUAUUUUAGGAGAAAGUUCUGUAGCAGGAGCUAUUAUUGAUAGUAAUUUGGAAAAAAAAUUCCAACUGGAUGAAAAAGAAAAUUCUGAAUUAAUUGAUUUAGAAGCAAGCGAUAAAGAAACAGCAAAAAUUGACGAGCUUGUGGAAGAACCUAAGGAAUUAAUAAUUGAAGCUUUGAAUGCUGAAGAAGACAAGGUAGAUAAUAUAAAUAGUAUCACUUGGAAAGAAUCACCGUUUCCGUUGGAUGAUGUACCGAGUAUGAAAUUAAUUUUGAAUGAGAGUUUAGAUAAAAAAAUAAUCUCGACAAAUGAUGCAGGUACCAACACAUCCUACUAUGACUUUAAUGUUUUGUUUGUCGGAGGAACUGCUGAUGCGAAUUACCGUGUCAUUGACACUUUGAAUAGAUCUAUCAAUGAGGGAAUGCCUUUGGUUCAAUCAGAACGUCCGCCAGUUAAAUUGAUGCUUGAUAAAAGCUCAAUGACCGAUGAUAUGCUUAACCGUGAUGUUGAAGUGCAGCAAGAUAAUUCUUCAUCGAGUAUUUGUCAACUGGUUAAUUUGUUUCCUAACAUUCCGAGGGAUUAUUUGAUUGAUAUGUAUGAAAAUUUGUGUCAUAAAGACUUUAGUUGGACUGUAGAUGUUUUGUUGGAUGGUAUGCCUCAGGAUGGGUCUAUUGAUAUGCAUCGUACAGCAGAGGAAGAAAAUGAUGAAGCUCAAGAUUUGAGCUCAAAACCCUCUACUAAGACACUUUUUGAUUUCUUUCCUAAAAAAGUUAAAACAAGCCAGGAAAAUUUAGAAAAGGUUUUAAUAAAUGAAGAAGAAAAACAAAAAGCUGUAUUAAGUGAGAAGAAAAAUGAAAAUGAUAAAGAAGAAUUUAGGUUACAAGAAAUUAAAAUUGUAUUGGAUAAUAAAACCGAUACUGAUAUCUUUGAUGAUAUUUCUUCGCAUUCUGCAGCAUCUACCAGUCGUACAGACUCUAUAGAAAAUGACAAGUCUUCAGAAGACGAAGAAACUAUUGAAUUGAAUCUCGGGUUUGAUGGAAUCCGUGUACUGGAAAAUUUAUUCAGUAAUCCUGAUUUUCUUAUCCCAGAUGGUUUUAUGCCAGUAAUUCAAGUUAAAAAAUCAAUGGCUAAAGAAUUGUAUGCCUUAUGGAUUGAAAGUAUGUACACGCAGUUGACUUCUCGGCACGAACAGCUGGAUAAUAUGAUUGCUAAAGAUGCGGAAUAUGCGAAAAAUCUCGAGAAACAAUUAGAAGAAGAAGCGUGUGCUUCUUCAAAUAAAGUCUCGAAUUUACAAGAAAGUAUGGAUCUGGAAUUAGCAUUGAAGUCUUACAAUGACGCGGUAAAAGAAACAGUUAUCGAAGAUUCACCGGAUGACGUUAUCUCUCAAUUGUCAAGGCAAGCGCUUUAUGAAUCAUUGCCUGGUAUAGAUCCAAAAGCUCUAGAUGAGGUCUUCAGUGCUCACGGUAAUAAUUUAAAAGAAACUUUUGAGAUAAUUAAAGCCAGUACUGGGAGGUCUAUUGCAGCAAGUUUUACUAAAGAAGAAACUUUUGUUGACAAGGUUAAAGCUAAUAUUAGUAAUAAUAGUAGUGAAGAGAAAUUAAAAGCAAGAAGUGUCACUCCGGUUAUUGCUGUGAGACCAGACUCGAGAAAUUCACCUAAAAUUGAAAGUAAAAAUGAUAAAAUUAAAGUUCAAGCGGAUGUUGAUAAUGCUAAACAAGAAGCUCAACGGAGAUUUUCAUUACAAAUUGAAAAUUUUAAUAAAGCUGCUGAAGCUUAUCGACGAGGGUGUCCAGCAGUUGCUGCUUAUUAUUCAGAAGUUUCACGGCAACAUGCCAGAUACAACAAAGAAGCUCGGGCUGAUGCGGCAAGUGCUAUGGUCGAGGCCCAAAUACUCGAUAACGAAGAUAUCCUAGAUCUCCAUUAUUUAAUUGUCCACGAUGCAAUUAUUGCUCUGGAUACAUUUCUAGAUUAUCACUUGAAUAAACUUAUCAAGAAUAAUAAGCGCUAUGCCACUGUAUAUAUUGUCACGGGACGUGGUAGUCGAAGCACCAAUAAAAUGAGCAGAAUCAAACCAGCAGUUUCGCGAAAUUUAAUGAAUCGCAAUAUUCGGUUUUCAGAAGCAAAUCCAGGCUGUUUGAAAGUAACUCUGCAUCGUAAAAGUGGAACAGACUGA